AUGAGCGCGUGCAGCAGGAAGGCCUUGAUGUUGCUGAGCAGUGUCUUUGCAAUCAGCAGCCUGGGGCUGCUGGGAGUGGCAGUCAGCACCGACUACUGGUUGUACCUGGAGGAGGGCGUCAUUAUGCCUUUGAACCAGAGCACUGACAUCAAGACCUCGCUGCACUCCGGCCUCUGGAGAGUCUGCUUCCUGGCUGUGCUGCACAACCCUCACUCUGUGAUUCCUUUUUUUUGCAAGUUUGUCUCUACAUUUCUGUCGCUUUCCUCUUCAGGUGACGAGUCCGGUCGGUGCUUUACCAUCGAGUACAUCAUGCCCCUGAGUGUCCAGUUGACGUCAGAGUCCACAGUAAACGUGCUCAAGAUGAUCCGCUCAGCUACUCCGUUCCCUUUGGUCAGCCUUUUCUUCAUGUUCAUCGGUUUUGUCCUCAGCAACAUCGGGCACGUUCGGCCACACCGCACCAUCCUGGCCUUUGUCUCUGGAAUCUUCUUCAUCCUCUCGGGUCUGGCUCUGGUGGUGGGCCUGGUGCUGUAUAUUUCCAGUAUAAAUGAUGAAAUGCUAAACAGGACUAAAAGCAGCGAGGCCUAUUUUGCCUACAAGUACGGCUGGUCCUUCGCCUUCGCUGCCAUCUCCUUCCUGCUCACUGAGAGUGCGGGCGUCAUGUCUGUCUACCUGUUCAUGAAGCGCUACACAGCGGAGGAGCUCUACCAGCCUCGCCACCCCAGUUUCUACCGCCCUCGUCUCAGCAACUGCUCCUACCACUCGGGCCAGUUCCUCCACCCAGAGGCCUGGUCACGUGGACGGAGUCCAUCAGACAUCUCCAGUGAAGCCUCACUCCAGAUGAGCACCAGCUAUCCUGCUCUCCUCAAAUGCCCUGACUAUGAUCAGGUCUCCUCUUCACCCUGUUGA